GGGGGGGGAGGGGCCCCCGGAAAUGACGAGCUGCCCCGCUGGCGGCUGCAAGGGCAGCGAUGGCCGAGCUCUACGUUAAGCCGGGGAACAAGGAGCGAGGCUGGAACGACCCCCCGCAGCUGUCCUACGGCCUGCAGACCCAGACCGGGGGGCCCAGGCGGCCCGCCCUCACCAGGAGAGUCGCCGCCCCCCAGGACGGCGCCCCGGCAGUCCCGGCCAACGAGCAGGGCCCUAGGACUUCGCUGACGGGGUCCCCGGCUCCUCCGGCCACGCCGCCGGGACCCCCGCCCUGCGAAGGCCCCUCCCCGCUGAGGACGGGCCCGACCAGCUCCCCGCCCAGUGAGAGCGAAGCGGCGUUGGAGGAUGUGCUGGAGCCCCUGGAGCAGGUCCUGGCCGCCUGCCGGGCGCACACGCGGAAACAGGUCAUCGACGACAUCAGCCGGCGGCUGGUGCUGCUCCGGGAGCAGUGGGGGAGCGGGAAGCUGUCGGCGCCCGUGAAGAAACGGAUGGUGCUGCUGGUUCAAGAGCUGCAGGCUGACCACUGGGACAAGGCGGACGACAUCCACCGCUCGCUGAUGGUGGACCACGUGACGGAGGUCAGCCAGUGGAUGGUGGGCGUGAAGCGGCUGAUCGCGGAGAAGAAGAGCGUGUCCGUGGCCGCCGCCACCGCCGAGGAGAAGGAAGAGGGCGAGGCGGCCCCGGCCCCCGGCCCCCUCCCCGGCCGGUGACGGCCGCCCGUGCCCACGGACCGCCUGUCCCGCUGUGGGGCCCGGCGGGCGGGCGACGGGGGUCGGGACCCUCUGCCGGACCCGACGGACCCGCCCUGGUUCGGCCCCGGCUCCGGAUCGGGGUGUCCCACGGGGCGAAAUAAGGCCCGGACUGCACGAGGACACGGAUCGACUAGGAACCCUUAAUAAAAACGUUUUCUUCCAUG